AAGCCACCCCCUCUCUGUCUCUGGGCUUCACACUUUAACCUUGAUAAUGGGUUCUAAUUACCACUCUGCCACUAACCUUUCUCUUCUACUGCUGUGCCUCUUUGUCACCGCCAACUUCGAACCCUCCAUCGCUGCUUUGGUACAGCAACAACCUUUGAUUCUAAAAUAUCACAACGGAGCUCUUUUGAAAGGCAAAGUCAACGUUAAUCUCAUCUGGUAUGGCAAAUUCAGCCCAAUCCAACGGUCCAUAAUCGUCGACUUCCUCCAAUCACUCAGCUCCGCUACACCAACCCUUCCCUCCCCCUCAUCCUGGUGGAAGACCACCGCGAAGUACAAGGGUGGCGCCACCACCCUCAUCAUCGGAAAACAAAUCCUAGACGAAAAUUACUCUUUGGGAAAGACACUCAAACAUUCGAAUAUUAUAUAUUUGGCCUCUAAAGGUGGCCACCUGAGUGGGUCUGUUAACGUCGUUUUGACGGCGAAGGAAGUCGCCGUUGAUGGGUUCUGCAUGAAUCGGUGUGGAACUCACGGGUCAACUCGGGGGACGACUCGGUUUGCGUAUGCUUGGGUCGGUAACUCGGAGACUCAGUGUCCUGGUCAGUGUGCUUGGCCUUUCCAUCAGCCCAUUUACGGCCCGCAGACACCGCCGUUACAUGCUCCUAACGGAGACGUCGGAGUUGAUGGUAUGAUCAUAAACUUGGCCACUGUUUUGGCGGGAACCAUCACGAAUCCGUUUAAUAACGGUUACUUUCAAGGUCCGGCAACGGCGCCGUUAGAGGCAGUCUCUGCUUGUACAGGGGUAUUCGGGUCCGGGGCGUAUCCUGGGUACCCGGGUCAAGUCCUUGUUGAUAAGACCACCGGUGCGAGCUAUAAUGCGCAUGGGGUGAAUGGGCGCAUGUUUUUGCUUCCGGCUAUGUGGGACCCCCAGACCUCCGCUUGCUCGACGCUGGUUUGAUGUAAGAAGAGAGAUAUAGAGAGUGGGCAUCUGUAUGUAUGUAGAUAUUAUGUUGCGGUGGUGGUAAUGGUGGCGGAGACGGCGUUGGCGGUGGCGGUGGCGGUGGCGGGUAGGGACUUGAAAGUGUUUGGAACUUUGGUAAAGUGAGGGUUGCGGUCUUUAUGUGAAGUGUAAAUUUUGUUUGUUGCUUAAACAUUGUGAUAAAAAUGGAAAUAGAAAAUAUAAUAAUGCAUAAUUAUAAAUGUAGUGUUGAAGUUUUAAACAUAUAUUUGCAAUAAUCGUUUUUAGAUUUGUUGAUGCAACAAGUUUUCAAAUUUGUGUAUGAUUAAAACUCGGGUUUAAUUAUAUUGAAAAAUUUGUUAGUGUAUGUGCGUGAAGGAAUAAAGUAAUAAAAAAUGGUAAA